AUGCUGAAAGUUCCAGACAUCGCCACCGGUAACGAUGCAAUGUCCUUUCACAACAACAUGAACUCUCUUAAAGCCUCCGAUAACGACAACUCGAUCGGUACAUUUGGUAACAUGAUGAUCGAUAUGUUACCUGAAGAUCUCACUUUCACCGUCUUUCUCCCUUCAAAAACAGCUUUCGAGUGCGAUUUGAGGUUAAACACGAGUGGUAGUUUGGUUGGGGAAAAGAUGAACGAUACAUACGCGAUCAUCUCUCGUGUGUUGGGUUUCUCGGCCAUUCCUCGAGUUCUCUACUCAAACAUGGUGCCGGCCGGCAAAGAGGUGUCGUAUGAUUCGUUGUCGGGGUUCAAGUUGUUCGUUUCAAAGGAUGAAGGUGGAGUGUUGGUGGCUAAUGGAGUGAAGUUGGAGAGGGUUGAUAUGAGGAGAGGGAAGCUUGUUGUGCACGUUAUAGAUGGGGUUAUUAUGGAUGCCGAGUUCGAGCAAUCGGUUCAGCCUGAUUUUGAUGAAGAUGAUCGACUUAAAUUAGGCACAAUUUCAUGGUAUAUUUAA